UUACAUAUCCUACUUGCCUUUAUAAACGCAUAUACAGUAACACAGACCAGCAAAAUGUUGGGCUCUUGUUGAAGGCGCGCCCCUUUCACGCAGGGGCUCGCUUGUUGUGUUUGCCCAAUCCUAUCAAGUGAUUAGCUCUAGUUAAAGGCAUUGGCACUCAUUACGGCUAAGCGUGCUGCCAGGACAGGCUAGGGACGGGGUUAGUGCAAGGCAGGUGUUCAGGCUCCAUGUCAGCGGCCGCGUCUCUGGAACCAAUGAGCGCGUCGUCCAAUCGUGCGGAGGAGCCGCGUCAAGCGCCCCCAACGCAAGCGGUGGUGACCAGCACCCGGCCAACUUUCUCGCAAAUAUGCAAGUCAUUGUUUGCGGGCGGAGUCGCCGGAGGCUUGUCGCGCACCGCGGUGGCGCCGCUGGAGCGCCUGAAGAUUCUGAUGCAGGUUCAAGGCAAUGAACAGAUCUAUCGCGGUGUCUGGCAGGGCCUCGUGCAUAUGGCACGCACGGAGGGCGUCCGCGGAAUGAUGAAGGGCAACUGGACGAACUGUGUUCGUAUUAUCCCCAACUCCGCUGUGAAGUUCCUGACCUACGAGCAGCUGAGCAGGGAGAUGUCGGACCACUACCGCGCGACCACCGGCAGCGGCGAGCUCACGCCCGGCACGCGGCUCUUAGCGGGCGCCUGCGCGGGCAUCAUCGCCAUGAGCGCCACCUACCCGCUGGAUAUGGUCCGCGGGCGGCUGACGGUGCAGGAGGGGAAGAACCAGCAGUACCGCGGCAUCGUGCACGCGGCGCGCACCAUCCUGGCACAGGAGGGGCCGCUGGCGUUCUACAAGGGCUGGCUGCCCUCCGUGAUCGGCGUGGUGCCCUACGUGGGCCUCAACUUCGCGGUGUACGAGACGCUGAAGGCCAUGCUGCUCAAGCAGUACGGCCUGCGUGACGAGCGCGAGCUGACCAUCGGGGCGCGGCUAGGCUGCGGCGCAAUAGCUGGCUCCAUGGGGCAGACGGUGGCAUACCCGUUCGACGUGGCGCGCCGCCGGUUGCAGAUGUCGGGCUGGCAGGGCGCAAAGGACCUGCACAGCCACGGCGGCAACGUGGUGGCGUACACGGGCAUGGUGGACUGCUUCGUGCGGACGGUGCGGGAGGAGGGCAUGCAGGCGCUUUUCAAGGGCCUGUGGCCCAAUUACCUCAAGGUGGUGCCGUCCAUCGCCAUCGCUUUCGUGACCUACGAGCAGGUCAAGGAGUGGCUAGGCGUCGAGUUCCGCAUCUCAGAGUAACGGGCUGGGCGCGCAUGCACUUGCCGGCUUGCACUCAAACAGGUGCUGGCGACAGGUUGAGCAGCACAGGACGAGUGGACGUGGGCUUCGGUGGUUGAUGGGGGUUGGGGACUUGGGCGUGGCUGGAUAAUGCGAUGGCGGCGAACCGGGACCUGGAUUUGCGCAUUUGCGUUUUUGGUACUGUUUGCCCGAUACGGAAUGUUUAGCGUGAGGUCCGAGCGUUGCGAGCUUUGAGAGUAAGCCAGGCUGCUGCUGGGCUGCUCCUGGGAAGGGCGGUGCUGACUACACGCUGCAUUCCCGAGGGCCGCUUACGCCCCAUGUGCGGCGUGGAACUUAUGAUGGCAGGGCCAGUUGACGAGUCAAGCGUAUCAUAUAAGUUUUAGCCACGUACGCUGCUGCGAACCAGGCGCAGCUGGAUUCCAGUGAUCAGUGGCGGGUUUUGGACCGAACCCCGCACCCGAUUGGAGCACACACCGGCCUGGGCUUUUGAUCCCCAGUAGCUGCAUGGGCAGUGCCCCAGCAUCGCCCGGGGGCGUGGGGUGGUGAGCAUUUUGGCAUAUUAGACCGUGCAAGCAAGCUCUGAUGGUAGCAUCGGCCGGCGUGCAGGACAUGUAUGUCUAAGCAGAGUUUGGAGUCGGGAAGAAUGUGUUACCUGGUGGUGCUGUGGUGUGCCGGGUGUGUGUGGCAACUGUACACUGUCUGACGGCAGGAUCGCCUUCUGUAUUUGUUCCCCGCUGUGUACUUCCGGCAUGCGGGUGGCUCGUGCCCACUCCCUUUCGGAUGCUGGGCGAGCCGUGUGCGUUUUGAGUGCGCCAAGCUGCCCGUUGUCCGGUUAUUUGUCGUCAUUGCUUUUUGUUUGGUUUAUGGGCGUAAGGAGGUAGCGUGGAGCUCGGGGUAGAAAGGACGGAGCGAAAUGCGCCACGGCCCACGGAAGAGACGGGUCUUUCUUCAUGCAAGGCCACAAGUUGUCGUGGUGGCAGGGUCGUGAACGCGAAACUCGGACGGUGGUGUAAUACCGGCACACA